AAAGUGCAUGUCAGAACAAACACUCUUGGCUUGGUUUUUGGAUGAAUGGAGGGCUUGAAAGGAAAGGAAACCAUUCUCAUCCACACCUCUCUCUCUCUCUCUCUCUAUCUCUUUCUCUCUUUAUCUCAAAGUUUCACUUACUUUCAUUGUUUAGAUCCAGAUUUCAUUUUUUUCGUAUGUGUUUGUGUGAUUUUUGUUGAAUCUUGUUGAUUCUAGCAGAUUGAAAUUGCUUGCAUGAAGAAGACUAGUGGCUUUAAGGUUGAUCCAUAAUUAGGAACUUGUUUCCAUUUUCUUUCUUUCUUUCUGAAAGAAAAUGUCUUCUUGGGCCACCUUCAGUUUCAAGGGUUUGAAGAAAGAAAUCAAGAUCAUCAAGAGCUGAUGAGUGAAAAAAUGAAGGGAAAGUACUAAAAGCGAAGUAAACAAGAUGAAAUCAGCUUCCCCACUUAUCUUUAUCACUUUUCCACUAGCUUUGCUAAAUUAGGGUUCCACUCAGAUCCUAAGGACAUUUUGUCCCCAGAUGUAAAAGUUGAUCUACAGCUCUCGUGCUUUGGUGUCAUCAUCCACAAAGUCAUGUAAUUUAAUUCGUGGGUAGAUGAUGAAAGGCUUGAUAAUGGAUGAGAGCUUGUCCAAUUUGACUUCUGCAUCUGGUGAAAUAAUUGCUUCUUCAGGCAACAGGAUUGAAACUCCUGGUACUAUGUACUUACAACAGUCGUCAUUUCCUUCGACAAAUCAAGCACCACCUCCCAAAAAGAAGAGAAAUCUUCCUGGCAAUCCAGCAGACCCAGAUGCAGAAGUGAUAGCUUUGUCUCCCAAAACUCUACUAGCAACCAACAGAUUCAUAUGUGACAUCUGUAAUAAAGGAUUUCAAAGAGAUCAGAACCUUCAACUUCACAGAAGAGGUCACAACCUGCCAUGGAAGUUAAAGCAAAGAACAAACAAAGAAGUGAGGAAGAAGGUAUAUGUUUGUCCAGAAGCUACAUGUGUGCACCAUGAUCCAUCAAGGGCUCUCGGAGAUCUUACAGGAAUCAAGAAGCACUUCUGCAGAAAACAUGGCGAGAAGAAGUGGAAAUGUGAAAAGUGCUCAAAACGCUAUGCCGUUCAAUCAGACUGGAAAGCUCAUUCCAAGACUUGCGGCACAAGAGAGUAUAGAUGUGAUUGUGGAACCCUUUUCUCUAGAAGGGACAGUUUCAUCACCCACAGAGCCUUCUGUGAUGCAUUAGCAGAAGAGAGUGCAAAAGCCAUAACGUUGGAUCCAAUUCUUUCAACUCAUCAACAGCCUAGCUCCUCUGCUUCUCAUAUGAUCAAUUUGCAAAGCUUAUCAGUGAAAAGAGAGCAAGAAAGCUUCCAUCUUUUUAAUGGAAGACCAAGUAACAAUGUCCCACCAUGGUUAGCCUGCCACCAUGGUCCACCACAAAUGAAUCUCUCGUCAUCAUUAUUUGCAGAAAAUUUAGAUCAGACGUUUCUACAACAUGAAAAUCCUAGCCCUAACCCUAAUACUACUGUACUUCCUUCUUUCAAGUCCUCUCCUCACAUGUCUGCAACUGCAUUGCUGCAAAAAGCAGCACAAAUGGGUGUGACUAUGAGUAAACCUUCUUCGUCUCUUGCUUCUGGUUCUGGUGCUGCUAUGCUUCGACCCCACCAAGCUCACAUGUCUGGAACCACAUCUGACUUCAUUUCCACAUCGGUAGCUACGUCUACAGCUGGUUCUGGACUAGGUUUGUCCUCAAGCGAAGACAUGGGUCAUGGCUUGGCACCAUUUGGGAAUAAAGCUGCUGCCACCACUGGUAUCGUAGGGCCUUCUUCUCUUGUCCUUGAUGUUAUGAGUUCAUUUUCUUCUGCGAGUGGGUUUGACGGGUCAUCUUUUGAUGAGGAUUUCAAUGGAAUGUUAAAUCCAAAAAGAGAUGGUAAUAAUUUUCAAGAAACUCUCUCCAACUCUAAAUCAACAGAAUCCCAUUUUAGCAACAGAAGUGAACAUGAAGAUAAAGGCGCAGCUACUACUGCUUCUGCCGGUGGCGGUCGUCAUGGCCAUGGCAAUGAUGGCUUGACAAGAGAUUUCUUAGGUCUCAAAGCAUUUUCCCACAAAGACUUUCUCAAUUUAGCUGGCUUAGGCGGCCAUAUAAAUUCUUCUUCGUCAUCAACUUAUGAGCAGCAGAACCAAAACCAAGCACCAUGGCAAGGUUAGCAAUUCAUGUUCUAUAUUCCAUCUUCUUCUUCUUGAAGAAUUUCGAUUUCCACAGGCAAAUAUAGUGCUCCAUAUUUUUCCCUUGGGUUUUGUUUCUCACUUUUCAAUUUUGGUCGCCUUGUCUUUUCACUGUAAUUUAUUUGUCAUUUGUAUUUUCAGAAUAUUUCUUCAUGCUCUUUCUCUUUAUAAUAAAAUAAUCAGCCACCACUGUGGAAGCAAUAGGUCAUUCCUUUUA